AUGGCAGCCUCGGCGCUGCGACCAAGUCAAGAGGAAAUGACCUUUACACUGACUCCGUCAGACACAAAAGCAGCACUAGGAUCAACCUCGAAGAGAACCCCAAGUGUUCCCCUUGAUCAGGUACCAGGAAAGUUACCUGAGGUCCAACUUCCAGUCGAUGUCGAUGUCGAAGCAGUUGCUUCUGAAGGAGUUGCACGACUGGCCACGCUGAAGCAGGACCACCUCACGACCGGUGCCAUAUGGAGAGAUCUCUACGCUCUCACAGGCCUCCCACGAACACUCAUCGGUAGAGAUAGACUGUUUACAGCGUGGAAAGACCUGAACCCCGUUCAACGCCCUGCAGAUUUCUCACUCAUACCCGGAAGCGCUCGAGUAAUGAGACUCUCAACUGACAUAGCCUGGGUCUCGGCGUCUUUCACUUUCUCCACGUCGGGCACUCCAGAGACAUUAUGUUCUGGAACCAUCGGUCUCAUCCCAGAUUCAGACACCAAAGGCACCUGGAAGAUUUGGCUUUUGACCACCGUCCUAGAGCGACUCAAAGACUUUACGAGUCCAGACUCCCUUCCGGCCACCUUGGCCAACGGCAACAUUUAUACCGGUGACCGAUCAGGUGAAUCCGAGCCGUAUGAAUGUGUCGUGAUUGGAGCGGGUUUCGCUGGUUUGUGCUUGUCGGCUCGUCUGCACGCUCUCCAUGUGCGAUACAUUACGCUGGAGAAGAAUGAGAGGGUAGGCGACAACUGGCGACAAAGAUAUGAAUCGGCGACAUUCCAUACUGGUCGACCCAUGAGCGAUUUUCCCCUGGGAGGUGUUUUCACAGAAGAUGACCCGUACUAUUUGAAUCAGAAGGAUUUAGCAAGAGGAUAUGAAACCUUUGCUCAAAAGCAUCACCUGAACCUUCAGAACAACUCAACCCUUAGGACAGCUAGCUGGGAUGAAGAUGGAAAGUUAUGGACACUCCGCAUUCUCUAUGGUUCUCGAGAGACAGAAAUUCAGACGCGCCAUUUUGUCCUCGCAAUCGGUGGUGCGGGACAGACUCCCAAGAUGCCUCAUUUGGCAGACAAGGAGAAGUUCAAAGGUACAGCAGUUCAUUCUGCGAGAUACAAAUCUUCAAAAGGAUUCGCUGGCAAGAAGGGAGUGGUGGUGGGCACUGCAAACACGGGACAUGAUGUCGCAGAAGAUAUGUUGGCAGAAGGACUAAGUUCUGUCACCAUGGUCCAACGUGGUGCUACUCGUACGUUAAUGUUCAUCUUCUUUCAACAAGUUAACAUCAAUGUUCUGUUUUCGCAGAACAAAGACAUGCCCAUCGAAGUCUCUGACCGUGGAGCAAUGGGUCUUCCGAACGUCAUCAUCCGUCAAAUGAACAGACUCGGAUACAAGACGUUGUCCUCCCAAGAACCCAACAGGUACGAUGCACUGGAAAAGGCGGGGUUCCGCAUCGACAGAAACGUCGACAUUUGGAAGAUACUCUGUGGCAAGCAAGGCGGGCACUAUGUCGACGUUGGCACUUCGAAAAAGAUUGGGGAUGGAUUGAUAAAGAUCAAAAACGACUCCUCCUUGGUUUACUUUGAUGAAACCGGUCUGGCCUUCAGCAACGGAAGCAGACUCGAUGCAGACCUGGUGGUGUUUUGCACCGGGUUCGAAAACGACGUCCGAGAGCAGGCUGUCAGUAUCGUCGGUCCGCGCACCGGAGAAUUGUUGGACGACUAUUUCGACACGGACGAGGAAGGGGAAAUUAUAGGAGCAUGGAGGCCUCAUCGCCAACAAGGUAUAUGGUACACUGGUGGCGGUGCGCAUCUUGGUCGAUUCUUUUCUAGGUUUUUGGCUCUUCAGAUCAAAGCAGAUGUCGUUGGGACACCUUUGAGUGUUUAUAAACAAGAGACUUUUAUCAAGUAA